UGGUAGGGGCGGGGUCUGGGCUGCCGUUAUCGCGUUCGUUCCAUCGCCGAAGAUUUAAAUGCUGCCGGGUUUCCUCCUUCCUCCAACCACUGAAAACGAGGCAGGGUGAUCACAUAUAAUAAAUAAACAGACCGAAAGACAGACUUUUUUUUUUGCCUCCCUUUUAAUGAAAUGUUCGGUCACUUUCUGAAGUUUUUAUUUUUCAUUUGUUUGGUUGCGGCCUUUACCCAUGUUGCACCACAGUAUUGAUAGUUGAGUUAAGAUGGCGGUGCAGGAGUCAGCUGCUCAACUCUCGAUGGCAUUAAAGGUCCAGGAAUAUCCGACUUUAAAGGUACCUUAUGAAACCUUGAAUAAACGAUUCCGAGCAGCCCAGAAAAAUAUUGACCGAGAAACUAGUCAUGUAACCAUGGUAGUUGCAGAACUGGAGAAAACAUUGAGCAACUGCCCAGCAGUGGACUCUGUGGUGACUUUGCUGGAUGGUGUUGUUGAGAAACUCAGCGCUUUAAAAAGAAAGGUACAAUAAAUAUUUUAUAUUGGU